AUGACCGGGUCCAAAGACGCCGUUGGACCCAUCGCACCCCCUUCUAUAGGUAUCUGGCGCCGGUGGACCCGUCACACCCCCUCCUAUAGGUAUCUGGCACCGGCGCACCAAUUUGGCGCUGGUGGACCCAUCGCACCCCGUAUUAUAGCUAUAAGGCGCCGGCACACCAAUGUGACGCCGGUGGACCCGUCGCACCCGCUUCUAUAG